AUGAGUUCAGAUCCAAGCGAUGAUGAAACGGCCUCAAGACCUCGCAGAAGAAAGGAAAAAGUCGUGGAGCUUAUCGAGGUUGACGGGAAGAAGGUAAGUAAAACAUCUACCGGCAAACGGAAGUUUCACAAUAAGUCGAAGAAUGGUUGUGAUAAUUGUAAAAGAAGGAGAGUAAAGUGCGACGAGGGAAAGCCAUCGUGUCAGAAAUGUAUCAAUAUGAAAUUAGACUGUGUUUAUACUCCUGUCAUGCCAAGAAAGCGCAAAGCCAAUGGGCUACCGGCGGCCGUAAAGUACGUUACAACAAAGUCCGAGGAGAGCAGUAUCGUACCUCCUGACCGCAGAAAUACUGUUGAUAAUGUCAUGCAAGAGUCAAAGGAUGUCGAUACCGAGACAGCUAGAAAAGCCAGUUUGAGCGUGGCUGAACUACAGCGUCAACAACAAAACGCCGCUCAAACGCCACUAGGCUCUCCAGAGAAUUUACUUUUGCCUCCACUAUUCUCAGGAACCAAUAUGCAAUUGCAACAACAAAUACAACAACAACCACAGCUUCUUCCGCAGCUCAUGACGCUGAGUAAUUCUGAGAAGUUUGCGGGUUUUGAUUUUCCAAAUAGCCCUUCAUUCCAAUCGACAGCCAUGAACGUGACUAAUAGCAUUGGCAGUAUAUUUGCUGCAAAUAAACUUCCUUCAAAUGUGUUAAAUAAUGUCAUGAAUCAACAACAACAACAUCAUCAGCAUCAAAAUCAACAGCAAGCGUCAUCUCCAGCAUUAAUGCUCCACUCCCACGAGAUGAUGUCCGCCCCGAGUAAGACAGGAAUAAACCUCAAGCAAAUGGCAAUGUUCUCGACAGCUGGUAUUGGGGGUGUUACUUACGAUUUCCAAGAACUAUUAGGUUUGAAGGGACAAGGUAUUGCCAGCAAUCAAGCGAAAGCAAGCACUACUGCAGAAGAAGUGCUAGCCAGCAUGCAAAGACAACAACAGCUUGUCCAACAGCAGCGGCAACAGCAGCAACAACAGCAACAAGAAAAUCAACAAAAAGCACGGCAGGGAGGGGUAGAAACAGCAAAUGGAGGUGAAAGUGCGAAUAGAUCAAGUCUAGAUCCGAAUGCCACACCAAAUUUGGUAAAUAAUCCAACAAUAUCACCUGGAGCUCCAAUGUCACCUAUGAGUAAAGCUGAAGCAGACCCUAUCACUUCAGAUGAUGCAACUCACUUAAGUGCUGCUGAAAUUUCAAGACAUGGCAGCACACAGAUGGAUGGCAAAGUUUUAAGUAAAUCCGUGAAAUCGGAGUCAAUUGAAGAUGGACACUCGCUCCCAGGUUCGAUUAUGCGACUAAUUGAACUUUCAAAUGAGGGCACCCUUAACCUGGUGGACUUAAAGCUAUUUCAUCACUACUGCACCGAAGUUUGGCCAACAAUUACAUCCGCCGGGAUAUCAGGAAGGAGUAUAUGGAGUGAAGAAAUACCUCGCCUAGCUUUCGAUUACCCAUUUUUGAUGCACGCCUUAUUAGCGUUCAGCGCUACACAUUUGUCUCGGAAAGAGCCUGGUCUAGAGCAAUAUGUAGCCUCCCACAGGCUUGAUGCUUUAAGACUUCUCAGGAGAGCUGUACUUGAGAUUUCCGAAGACAACACUGAUGCGCUGGUCGCUAGUGCGUUGAUUUUAAUCAUGGAUUCGCUUGCUAACGCCUCAUCAGCGAAUCCUGCCGUCACAGAUUCAUUAGUGUCAAUGUCCCCUUCAGCUUGGAUUUUCCACGUAAAGGGCGCAGCUACUAUUUUGACUGCGGUUUGGCCCCUAACGGAGAAAUCCAGAUUUUACAACUUGAUUUCCGUCGACCUUAGCGACCUCGGUGACAUAAUCAAUCAGGACAGUGGUACGGUCUCGGAGCUUGUCUGCUUUGAUGAAAGCAUCGCUGAUCUAUACCCCGUUGAGAUUGAUUCUCCUUACUUGAUAACGCUGGCUUAUCUGGACAAAUUGCAUAGGGAAAAAAGCCAAUCAGACUUUAUUUUACGUGUCUUUGCAUUUCCUGCUCUACUUGACAAGACAUUCUUGGCAUUACUUAUGACCGGAGAUCUUGGAGCAAUGCGGAUCAUGAGAUGUUACUACAAGUUAUUAAGAGGUUUUGCUACAGAGGUCAAAGAUAAAGUAUGGUUUCUUGAAGGAGUCACACAAGUACUUCCUCAGGAUGUCGACGACUAUAGUGGUGGUGGUAUGCAUAUGAUGCUUGACUUUUUAGGUGGAGGCCUGCCAUCGAUGACUACCACUAAUCUUCAACCAGGUCUUACUGAUUUUAUGUGA